AUGAAUGCACAACAGGCGCCCUCGGCGCAAGCGGCCAUCACCGCAAUGGUGAAGGCCAACCCGCGGUCCGCCUUCGAGCUCUGCACGGAGGAGAACCGGUGGUACAUCUUGAUCCCCCACAUCGGGCACCCCUCCGAACCCAAGGGGGACAUCAACAGCUGCCACUGGCUCUCCACAAAGAACACCUGGAAGCCCGCCAUCCGCCCAUCGGUGGAGAUUGUGGAGUCAUUCCUGCACAGCUAUGACAUCUAUCCGGAAUGUAUGCUGUGCCCCACGGGCGUGGGCUUCGCAGAGCACGCGCCCGCAGAGAAGCACCUCAGGAAGCUGAAAGAGCGAGUGCCUGCCGGGGUGCCAGUGGUGGAGUGCGCCAAGUCCCUGUGGCAGGAGUGGCAGGUGCCGCACGGCAUCAUCAAGCUGAACCACUGCCAUGGCCAAGUGUGGAUCUGCCGCGGCAAGAACCCCCAGAUCCAGCGGAAGACCGUGGCCUUGUCCGAGCUGCACAAAUCCAUGGCCGGCAACGCCGCCAUUCCUCCGGUGGGCCCCAUGUCCGGCUCCAAUGGCGCCGGCGCACCACCUGCGCCGCAAGCCAUGCCGCCGCCGCAAGCCAUGCCGCCGCCGCCGCAGCUCUCGCUGACCGCGGCGCCGUCGGUGCAGUCGCCGUGCCAGCUGGAGAAAGAAGGGGUGUGGUACGAGAUCCACAAGCCCUGCAGCUCCGCAGUGCAGCCGAGGGGGGAUUGGCGCGCCUAUCCCCACUUGGCAGGCAAGGCCAUGUUCAAACAGCACAUGACCCCCAGGGCAGCCAUUAUCGUGAACAUUUUGGCGAGGGAGCCGGCCCAGAUCGACCCGCAGUGCAGACUUUGUGAACGCCAUCGUGGCUACGAGGAACAUUUGGGGGCCGACAAGCACUGGAGGGCCCUUCAUCCGAGAUUCACUGGUGAUGGCGUUGUGAUCGAGGACGUGCGGCAUAUGUGCUGGAACACUUGGAGGAUUCAAGAAGGAUGGGUGAGGAUCAAUGAGUUGGACGGGACCAUCGAGAUGUCCAAGGGCCCUCAAGAGCCCGGAGGACCCAGUCAAGAGCCAGUGAAUCAGGGGCUCUACCAAGAUGCUCAGACUGGCCCGACCGUGCCAGCGCAGGCAGGAUUCGCAGGGAUGCCGCAAGCUGCACCGGCAGCACCCGCGCCGGCAGGAGUAUGGGGCGCUUACAAGCCGGUGACGCAGCCGCCUCCGGCGCCGGCGCCGGCGCCGGGGCCGCUGGGGCCGCCGGGACCUCUGGGCCCGGGGCCGGCGGUGCCAUGGCCGGCGAAUCCGCAAGCCUUCCAGAUGCCCAUGCCGGGGCCCACUCCCACCCCCGACGCUGCAACAGAUGCCUGGAGCAUCCCCACUGCCCAGCAGACCCCUGCCUAUCAGCAGCCCCAGCAGCCCCAGCAGCCCCAGCAGCCCCAGCAGCCCCAGCAGCCCCAGCAGCCCCAGCAGCCCCAGCAGCCCCAGCCGGGCGCUUGGGGUGCAAACCACUGGACCACCAACCCGCCAGGCUCUGAGGCCGGCUAUGCCCCCAGCCACUGCGGCUCUGAUGCUCACGGUCUCACGGCGCGGUCCGAGGUGUCCUUUGGGGGUGGGCCGCUGCAUUGGCAUGGGCGGCACCAGGACGACGCCUUCUCCACCGCAGGCUUCGCAGGGCGGAGAUCGGACAUUGAUUCGGAUGCCGUGAACUCGUCUAUGACCGCCCAGGUCGGCAGACACUCGGAGCUGCAGUCCAACGCGAGUUCCAUGGAUAGCAAGUUCGAGAAGGCGGCCUUCUUCCUGUGGAAGGGCCAGAUUGCCGAGAAAGCCAGGAGCUUGCAAGAGCAGCUGAUGCGGAGUCAAGUGGCGCCGGAGCAUAUGAAAUGCUCAAUUUGCGCGAAGCCUCUUGCCAUCUUGAACGUGGCUGCGCACUUCCUGAGCAAAGACCAUUUCCUUCAGGCCAUGGACUACAUUGAAGAGGAGGAGGAGCCGGAGCAGGUCUUUCAGGGCACUCCUUGCCUGAAGUUGAGCCAUGUCUCGAUGUGUCUCCAGCCCAUCGCGGGUACCGGCGAUGGCAGUACCGGGGGCGCGGGACAGUGGGACUCCUGCUGA